AUGGCUAAAGCCAUACCCAUCGUUAUGCCUGACACAAGUCACCGAUUGUGUACUUGGCAUUUGAUGCAAAAUGCAUUAAAACAUGUUAAUUGUUUGUUCCAAGAUAAGGGGGUAAAGAGUGUACUAAAUAAAUUCUUCUUUGACAUUGAAGAUGCCAAUCAAUGGAAGUUAGAGUGGGCGGAAAUGCUUGAUAAAUAUGAUGCGCAUGAAAACCACUGGUUGAAAUUGACUUUUGUGGUGAAAGAAAAAUGGGGCUGGCCAUAUGUUAGAUCAACAUGGGCUGCGGGAAUGAGUACCACACAACUUAGUGAAUCUUCUAAUGUUUUUUUGCAGGAUUACAUUCAUUCUGAUUUUAACUUAAAUGAAUUCUUCAUGCGUUUUGAAAGGGUACUUUGCGAGAAGCGAUACAAGGAGUUAGAAGCAGGAUAUGUUUUGUGCCAAAGGUUGCCAAAGGUGAAAGCAGCAAUAAGAAUGUUAAUUCAAAUGGGUAAUGUCUACACAAAAAAGAUCUUUGAGGAAUUUCAAAAUAAGUACUUUCGAUCCAUUGAAUCGGACAUAGAACCAAUUGAAUAUGGCGAGACUAGUACCAUUUACACAGUUGUUGAUGUUGAGACAUUGAAGAUGAAAGAGGUUCCUCCACAAUACAUUCUAAAGAGGUGGACCAAACAAGCAAGAACCGAAACUGUGAAAGACAUUAAGGGAAAUGACAUUCAAGUAGAUGUGAAAUUCCAACAAGUCUCGCGGUAUAAGACAUUGAUGACCGCAUUUAGAGCACUAGCAAGUAGAGCUGCUGAAACUGAAGAAACUUAUGAUUUUUGUAUUAUUUCGUAUGAGGGUUGUUACAGUAAUGAUGAUGACACCCAAAUCUUUGAAGUGGAUUGCGAAGAUGUGAAUCAUGUUGUGCAACCAAAAGGAUUGAAGAAAAAGGCGGCAACUAGUAAGGGCAAAAGGAGGGUAAAAUGUGGAUUUGAAGCGGCGUUGGUAGUGAACUCCAAAAAAAAAUCCCAUGCUAACAGCUUGGCUUCGUCACAAUCUAUUGCAAAUCCAAUAGUUACACUUUCUCUAUUAUCUGUUGAAGGAGAUAUCUAUGUUCGUCAACAUGUUCCUCCUCUUCAACAUCUUCCUCCCCUUUAUCCAUCUUUGCCCAUGGGUGGUAAUUCUAUUCAUCUGCCAUUGAUGUAUCUCGCAUAUCAUGUGAACAAUUUGCGGGAGAUGUAUGUAAUGCCAAAUUCUUUGCCAAAUUCAAUGCCUCAACAGUAUUCUGCUCAACCAACAUUCCAGUCACUACUUCAAGGUUCAUGUGGAUGUGACAUUGGGUUUCUAUAUUCUUAA